GGCAAACGGCCGCGUGUGUUUAUCCGGUCGUGUUCUUACGGUGUUUUUUUUGCAUCGUGACUGCGCAAUGAUUAUAGAAUCACACUGAAAUUUUCAUCCGCGAGUGAUUUUGAUGUAAGGCCCGAAAAGAGUAUUUUUCGCUUGUAAAAUUUGUUUAAUCAAGUUCGAAGCUGAAUGCAAAUGCAAGUGUGUCAUGUCUCGAAACGAGUUUUUCCAGUGAUUCCGACUGCGGUUUAGAGUGGUUGCUGUUUCUGCUUGUACAGAAAACAAAGGGUUCAUUUGCUUUUUUCUGUCUGCUCCAAUCUGUUUCGCCUCGCGUGGACUAGACAGCACGGAUUUAUGUCUGCCGUCCAGGGGGUCAAUAAUAGUAAAAUCAACCGUGACAGAAAAUAAAGUGUUAUGCGGUAGUAGUGUGCGAGUAGAUUAUCUGUAGAAUAAAUUAGCAGACAUUGAUAAGUGACAGCAGGCGGUCUUGUUUAAUUUAAAGCCAGCGUAUCUGUCAGGCCGGUGAAGUGGCAAUGAUGUGGAAAAGUGAGCGACGCGUGAAUUUUCACAGAAAAUCUGGAUUAGAUCAUCCGAAGUAGUUUAUACUUCGAUAUCUAGAUUUAGGAUAUUGGCAGUUCCCAUAUUUCCUCACUUUGCUUUGUGCUGCACAGGGAAAGAGCCGAUGACGUGGGUAUUCCAGUAACUACACAUUACUUCAACCUGGAAUGAUCGUGAGCAACUGCCGCUAGAAUGGACAGUAUCAGUAGUCUCUACAACUGGCGAAGACACUACUGAGUACGACGACCUGAGCAACAGCUGCUACAGCAUCCGCAGUGUAAACCACACCAUCCCUAAUAACCAUCAGCCGAAAAGAGAGAUCAUUUCCCGGACUGCGUACGACGCGGUGGCCACAACAGACUGAACGGUCGAAAAUAAUUGCUGCACACAAUUUCGACGCAAGCUUUCCGAUUGAUUAGGCCAUAUGACCGGUCAACAGCACGGCAACAGAAGUUGUUUUUCAACGACUGGCAUCUACAUUUCAUAAUCGCAAAAUCAAAACACGAAACCGUUAUAAAUCGAGGGCAAAGAGGACAAGAAACCAACACGAUCGCGGGCCCUGAAUUUUGCGAACGCAAUAAACUUUUGCUCUUCGAGGUGUGGACCAUUUCCAUCGCUCCGAAAAUCCAAAACCCGAUCAAUCGGCCGGCUACGAAACUCAAUCAGUACCAACAACCGGGGCAAAACGAGAGAAUGAGAAAAAGAUAGAAGAAAACUCGGUCCAGUUACGCUCGACCAUGAAAAUGUGACAGGAAACAUUGGCCAACGUUAAACCCUGCUUCCACAAUUCAAUCGAAAUCGACGGAUGAGCCACAUCGACUUUUGUAACUAAUUUGCCCCACAUCCCAUUAUAUUCUCGACAGACACAGCCUAAAAAGAAAUUCUCAACAACUACAACUGGCGAAAUUGUUUUGUUGCUGAAGGCAGUUUUAGUGCAGUGAAGUGCUCGAAUUGUGUUCCUUAUAGUAUGCCAAACUAGCAUUCUGCUUCGAUGGUUUCUGGUUUAGUGAAAGCUAGAACGGCUUCAAGAGCGUAACUAGUGCAAUAAUAAAGCAGCUCCUAUUGAAAGUGAAAUCAAUAUAAAAUAACAAGUUAGUGAAAUUAUUCCUUGCAACGAAAAGGAAACAAAAAAGUGAAAGUAGUUUAAUAAUUGUUGAUUACUGAAUGUACAUGUGUAAUAUUUAAUUAAGUGGGAUACGGUUAAUAGCAUAUAGUGGAAAGUUAAGCUAAAGUUAAACACAAUUUAAAUCACUGCUACUCUAAUUGAGUUCAUUUUUGAAACUACUACCAGUGAGUCAUAGCUAUCGAUAGUAGUAACAGCACAUAUUACAUCCGGCCAAACUAUGAAGCGGAUACCAAGGAAACCGAGCAGCAGCAGCCUACCGGGCUUUAGCAUGGACAGAGAGAGCUUGGCAGAAUGGGCGAAGGAUAAGCCCCUUAGUAUACUACAGCUGGACCCGGCGGAUCGUGCCGUUCUGAGAAUAGCAGACGAACGAGAUGCCAUACAGAAGAAAACGUUCACGAAAUGGGUCAACAAACAUUUGAAAAAGCACUGGAAGUAUCUUAAGACCUACACCCACUUACAUGUAUGUGUUGCCAUCAGUGGAAUACCCUGUUGUCCGCCGGCUGCCUCCCGAAGGGUAGACGACCUCUUCGAAGAUCUGCGCGAUGGACACAACCUUCUUUCGCUCUUGGAAGUAUUAUCUGGCGAACAUCUUCCAAGAGAGAAAGGAAAAAUGCGCUUCCACAUGCUGCAGAACGCACAGAUGGCGCUGGACUUUCUACGCUUCAAAAAAAUAAAACUGGUCAACAUUCGGGCAGAGGAUAUCGUGGACGGUAAUCCGAAGCUCACCCUCGGUCUCAUCUGGACCAUCAUCCUGCACUUCCAGAUUUCCGACAUCGUCGUCGGACAGGAGGACAAUCUAACGGCACGUGAAGCCUUGCUCCGGUGGGCACGCCGUUCCACAGCCAAAUACCCCGGUGUUCGAGUGAAUGAUUUCACCAGCUCCUGGCGGGAUGGACUGGCCUUCUCCGCUCUCAUCCACCGAAAUCGGCCCGAUCUCAUCGACUGGCGAGAUUCGAGAUCGCGACGACCGCGUGAACGUCUCGAGCAGGCGUUCCAUGUGGUGGAGCGGGAAUACGGCGUAACGCGGUUACUCGAUCCGGAAGAUGUUGACACCAAUGAGCCCGAUGAGAAGUCGAUGAUUACUUACCUGAGCUCACUAUACGAUGUCUUCCCGGAGCCUCCACAGAUCCACCCACUCUUUGACAUGGAAUCCCAGCGAAGAGUGCAGGAGUACCGGGAACUUGCCCAGCAGCUGCUGUACUGGUGCCGCGAAAAGACCUCCCUUCUGCAGGAACGAGCAUUCCCAACGACACUGAUCGAACUGAAGCGACUACUGUCCGAUCUGAACCGGUUUCGAAGCGAAGAAGUGCCACCGCGACAACGCGACAAACAACGACUGUUUAGCAUAUAUAAAGAACUGGAAAAAUACUUCGAAUCUAUCGGCGAGGUGGAUGUAGAAACAGAACUUAGGCCCGAAUCGCUGGAGAAAGCGUGGCACAGACUAAUGUCGGCACUAGCGGAUCGGGACAUGAUAUUGCAGCAGGAAGUCCAACGACUCGAACGACUGCAGAAACUAGCUGACAAAGUACAGAGAGAGUAUAAGCACACCGAAACCGUGAUUACCAAAAUCGAAACACGAAUCUCAGAGGAAACCCGCCGAAUAGAACGGUUACAUCCAGUGGAGGCGAAAAAUAUCGUUGAGGGUUUGGAAGGUGACAUCCGACACCUGGAGCAGCCGCUCCAGGAGAUGAAUGACGACUGUCAUAAUCUGAAGGACGGCCGAUACCCACAGGCUGGAGACCUGCACAAAAAAGUCACAAAACUGCACCAGAGGUGGUCCCAGCUACGCACUACAUUCCACACUAGUUUAGUACAAAAAUUAUCCGGACUGAGCUAUCCCGUUCAAGAGACGACAAUAACGAAGCAAACCCGUGUCGUAACCGAAACCCGCCAAAUCGGCACAAAUCCAUACUUCAGGGACGUCCAAGAGUAUACAGAAUGGUGUCAGAGCAAAUUGAAACAACUGCUCACUUCCGACUACGGCUCGGAUCUUCCAUCCGCCAAGGUAGAAUUGGAACGCCACCAACACGAGCACAAAGUGAUCGACCAGUUCCAUUCGAAGAUUGUUCAAAGUGAACGGCACCAGAACAACUUCACCGGCGAUGAACUGCAGUUAUAUCAGCAGAAGCUCAGUCAACUCCAGAAGACCUACGCAGAGUUGUUGAGCACCUCGACGAAACGAUUGUCGGACCUGGAUGCUCUGCAGGACUUCCUGUCGGCGGCGACAUCGGAGCUAAGUUGGCUGAACGAUCGCGAGCAGAUCGAAGUCAGUCGCGACUGGGCUGACAAGAACCUGGACCUGUCCGCCGUACACCGGUACUAUGAGCGUUCCUACGGAAAUGGUGAUGAAAACCUAAUGUCCGAGCUGGAGAAGCGCGAGAUGCACUUUGCCACCAUUCUCGAUCGCGGAGAAGCACUUCUAGUCCAACAGCACCCCGCUUCCAAGUGUAUCGAGGGACACCUGCAGGCAUUGCAAUCACAGUGGUCCUGGUUGUUGCAGCUGACGCUCUGUCUGGAGGUACAUCUGAAACAUGCCACCGAUUAUCAUUCGUUCUUCGACGAAAUCCGCGAGGCAGAAAACUGGCUGGCCAAGCGGGAUGAUAUCUUGAACACCAAAUACUCCCAGUCUGAGUUUUCGCUCGAUCAGGGUGAGGGGCUGCUGCGGGGAAUGCAGGACAUUCGGGAGGAGCUGAACGCUUUCGGCGAAACGGUCGCCCAUCUGCAGCACCAAGCUACCACGAUAGUGCCUUUAAAGCAGCGAAAACAACCAGUGAACCGACAAUGCACAGUGCAAACUAUUUGCUCCUACAAGCAAGGCAAUAUAUCGCUGGAGAAAAACGAAUCUUGCACUCUACUGGACACCUCCGGUCGUGUCAAGUGGCGCGUGAAAACGGCCAAGGGAGUCGAAGGUUCCGUCCAUGGUGUCUGUCUACUAUUGCCCCCACCAGAUCAGGAAGCGAUCGACGCUGCUGAUCGUUUGAAACGACUCUUCGACCGAUCAGUGGCCCUGUGGCAGAAAAAGCAGCUUCGAUUACGCCAAAAUAUGAUCUUCGCCACCAUCAAAGUAGUUAAGGGAUGGGACUUUGAGCAGUUCCUGGCAAUGGGAGCUGAACAACGAACGGCUAUCCGGCGGGCGCUAAACGACGACGCCGAUAAGCUGCUGGCUGAGGGAGAUCCAGCGGAUCCACAGCUACGACGGCUGCGACGAGAGAUGGACGAGGUCAACCGAUUGUUUGAUGAAUUCGAGAAACGUGCCAGAGCUGAAGAGGAAAGUAAACAAGCGAGCCGAAUCUUCACCGAACAAUGCAUUUCCCUUAAGACUCGUCUUGAGGAAAUGGCCCGCGAGUUGGAUCACAUCAUUCUGUCGCCGAUGCCGCGCGAUCUGGAUUCGCUAGAACACGCGGUCCAGAUUCUGGAUGACUACAAACGUCGCCUCGGUCUUUUAGAGCCGGACCUGAAGCAUCUGCAGGAAACAUUCCGAACAAUCGCUCUCAAGACCCCUGCACUCAAGAAGAGUCUGGACAAUUUACUGGAACUGUGGAAGGAGCUCAACACCCAGGCCGGUUUGCACGGCGAUCGGCUCAAACUGCUCGAGGGUGCCCUGGCCGGUCUAGAGGACAAUGAGCAGGUUAUUUCCGACUUGGAGGGCAAACUGUCGCGACAGCUGGAACUGCCUUCCUCCCAGGAGGGACUGUACGAAGUAUUCAAAAAACUGACUACCAUCCAGGAAACGAUUUCAGCCCAGCAACCCGAAAUGGACAAAAUGAACGAUUCCGCCGAUCAGCUGGGACGUAUGGGUGUACCGACGAAGGUCCUUGGUGAUUUGAAACGGCUACAUUCCAAUGUGGAACGUUUAAACUCACGUUGGAACAACCUGUGCGGGCAGCUGGCUGAGAGAUUGAGAAGCGUGGAAUCGGCCAUCGGACUGAUGAAAAAUUUGCAAACGAGCAUCGUCGUUGAGGAAAUGUGGGUUGAGAAGCAGACCGAGAAGCUACAAGCGCUGCCAACUGUUACUUCUGCCAGGGAGCUGGAUACUAUGCUGGGCGAGGCCAUGGAGCGUUCGCCGAAGAUCGAACAGGUUAAUCUCACCGGCGGCCGCUUAAUCCGAGAAGCCAAGAUCUACGAUGGCAAGUGUCUACACUACAUCGACUGGUUGGUGGAGAUACGGCCGAGUUUUUCGCCACCCCGGCAGGACCUGAGGCCACCGGACACCGACCCGGGCGCUACCGAGGUGUACUCGAAGCGGCUUGACACGUUGAACGGCCGGUACGAGUCGCUGAUCGAGCAACUGACCAAGCGGCUCAAAACAGCGAUCGAAGUGAAUGGCGCGGACGGAUUGCGCUUCGCCGAAAGUCUUCAAAAGCCGCUUCGGACAUAUCGGGUGGAGUUCAAUCUCGGCCGUCCGGUAAGCAGCAACUCAAACUACAACAAUGGAACAGACGGUCUCCAGGAAGUCAGUGAAGACGUCUUUACGAGCACCUAUUCGGCAACGCGGAUCACUAAAAUAACCAACAACAAACUAAACUAUGAUUCCAUGGAUGGCAGUACAGCUGCCGGUAGAGCGGAGAACUCACGUGAAAGUUCCCCCACGAAGAAAGUGAGUAAGGCGGAAAUGCAAUCAGAUGUGCACCACCCGAAUGGGGCAUCGUCAGUUCAAUUUACAGAAAUUCGCAGCUUGAAGCGUAUUUCGCGUACAAAUGAAGCAGUUGGCACAAAUAAUGGAACUGAAAUUGGUGAUACAAUUUUGAACACCCCAGGUAUAGUAGAUCCGGUUAGUGGAAGGAUCUUAACGGUUGGCGAAGCGAUUAAGUUAAGGAUUUUGGACGUGCGAAGUGGUCAGUUAAAUGUGAAUGGAGAACGUUUAAGUCUGAAGGAGGCGGUACGUAGGCAGCUAAUCGAUGCAGAAUUGGUAGACAAUUUACUCAGACCAGGGGCAGCUCUUGAUCGCGAUGGACGUCCGAUGAGUCUGCUGGAGGUAAUACAGAAGGAAAUUCUCGAGGCGGAAAACGGCUACGACAGCACGGAAAAACGAAUCAAGGUAACGACCAGUAAGGAGCCAUACCGCACUGUAAAAAACAAUGAAAAAGAAGCAAAAAGUAUUGUCGAUGCCAUCAAACAAGGUCUGGUCGAUACCAGCGCUGGUCUCUACCGUACUGAAACCGGUGACUUCAUCACCCUAGCCGUUGCCUACGAGUUGGGUUAUUUGAUUCGUAACGAAACAAUCAAGAUUGCACCGCACACACUAUCACUGACCGACGCCAUCGGUCAGGGUCUGGUGGACACUGGUGGUUGGGUGGUUGAUCGUAAUACUGGCGAUAAGUUCCGACUAGAUUCAGCCAUCGCGAAAAAACUUGUUAGCCCCGAUUUGCGGGAAAUCGUGGACACCAAGAAUGACAAUAUGAUCACUGUGACAGAAGCGAUAGAGCAGGGUAUUUUGAAUGCGAAAACUGGUCGCUACAUGAAUCCGCUAACGAAAGAAAAGCUCACCUUCGCCGAAGCACGUAAUAGACAGCUCAUUCAUAAACCGAUGACUAUGAAAGAUGUUUGUGAUUUAAAUUUGUUUGACAAGACGGAUAAAAUUGCGUCUCCUACAAGACGCGAACGGGUUAAUAUUCCAGGUGCUAUUAGUUUAGGGGUUUUAGAUAGCGAUAUCAUUAAGUGUGUAUAUAAAACUAAGGGAAAUUUGUUAACACUCAAGGAAGCUCUCGAGCAGGAAAUCAUACUGCCUUUCGAGAAUCGUUACCGCCAUAUGGAAACCACUGAACUGAUGACCAUUCCUGAAGCGGUUGAUCGAGGUUUCAUUUCGUCGGUUUCAAUCAAAUCCAUUUUCAACAUUUGCGGCUUCAAAGAUCCACAUUCCGGCGAAUUUGUUUCCCUCAACACUGCUUUGGCGAAAAAUAUAGUUCGAAAGAAAGACGGACACUUUCUGCUAGAUACAGGUAAAGGGGUUCUCAUUGAUCUAGACAAAGCCGUUGCUCAGGAAUUAAUCCGUCCAGAAGUAUAUGAAAUGCUCAACCGAAAAUGUGGCGUUCUCUAUAAAGGAGGGCACGAGCUGUCUCUUUUCGAACUAGUGUACCAUGAGCUGAUCGAUACAAAGACAGGUUUUUUGCUAGAACCAGAUACUGGCUCAGUUCUUCCGUUGGAGCCGGCUAUUGAACGUAAAUUCAUUACCCCAGAGGGUGCCUUGCUGUUAAUCAGCCUACUGAACAUAACACUCACAACAGAAACCGUUGUGAAAACAAUAAAACGUUAUGUUACAAUCACGCACACUGGUGAGCAGGUUGAAGAACAACCGGAUAUUCUGCUGUCCUUCACGGAAGCAGUACGCCGGGGUUUGAUCGAUGAGAAUACUCGUACUUAUCGAGACCCUGUCACUGGCAACGUCUACUCCGUACAGCAAGCUUUAAACCAUGGCCUUAUCUUGCCUGAUACGGAAGCCAUUCCGUUGCAGGAAGUUGGUAGUGCAGUUCCUAACAUAAUUACCAAACCUUCAUCCAUUCCACUAGAAUUUGAAACCCGCGUUGUCAAUAGCGGCAUAUCUAAAAACAUAAGCAUCACAACCGAGUUCUUGGACAGGGAACGCAAGCAAACUCAGUCAUACGAAGUUCCACCGGAAGGUUGGCUUCUAGCGGAAGCUAUUUCUAAAAAGUUGUUUGAUCCGGUUGCUGGUCUUUUUAUCAUUCCCGGCACCGAUCGUCUUGUUAGCUUUGAAGAAUGUAUAAAAUUAAAAAUUAUUAAUCAAGAGUCUGCUCUUGUAGUUGAUCCUAAUAGUGUACAACGCAAGAUUACUCUAGAACGCGCACUUGAGAAAAAGGUUCUUGAUACUACCGGCCACUAUGCAAUAGUGGACAAUAACAAUAUCACUAUGCGAGAAGCUAUCGAUCGUAAUUUAGUGAUGUUCGAACACACUGUUGAUAUUCCCGUAGACAGCAAAGUGAAUCGUAUCAUCCAAAUAACUAAACUCCCCGGAGAACCAGAUCGAAUUGAAGUUGCCAAUGGUAGUAAUCAGACGAUAAAUGUUAGGGGAAUGCAAACGCCAGAAAUGCUUAGUCCUGAACCAUUGCAACUUGCACCGGGUAUUAUUUACGAUCCUUCUACGGCUCUUGUCAUAUUCACUGACAGCGGUAAAUCGACUAGCAUCGUGCAUGCUGUUGCUAGUGGUAAAAUAGAAUCAAACAUAGUGAAGAUCAAUGAUCCCAAUACCGGCGAACUUAUAAGCAUUCCACAAGCAUUGGAACGUGGUGUUCUUGAUCGUCAAACUGGUGAAAUCAAACACCGCUCUGGUAAGCAAAUAGGACUUAUUGAAGCCGCUCAUACUGGAGCACUCGUGGUUUGUGGAGCACCUUUGGUUGCUGCAGCAGGAGCUCUUGAUUUGCUAAAGACAAUCAUUGAUCCAUCUACCGGUCAUGAGAUACCGAUUGAAGUAGCUUACGAACGGGGUUUAAUUACCAAAAGUCAACUUCCCAGUCCUGAACGAGCUGCUCUGAAGAAGAAAAUAAGUGUCGAAGAAAGUAGCAGGCGAUCUUCGGAAAGUUUUGUUGUUACAGUGGCGGAUCAUUCUAAGCAGUACACGAAAGAUCCGGUCGUGCUACAGAGGAUGCGAAAAUGUGUAUUGCGACCCAAGGAUGCUGCGGAACGAGGUAUUCUUGAUCAAGAAACGGCCAAUCUACUGGAGGAUCCGAAUCUCUUCGAAGGGACACAAACGCUAUAUCGGCUCAUAGCUAUAGGACGUGUGGAUGGCAACCGCGGCCAAAUUAUUGAUCCUCAAAGAGGCCAUACACUGACAAUAAACGAGGCGAUUCAGCGUGGUAUUCUCGAUCAUCACGGAAGCAAUAACAUUUUUAUUCCACUGGCCAGGUCUCUAGCUAUCCCGGAACUUGUAAGCCAAGGAUUACUCAAUACUGAGGACUCCAAAAUUUAUCACCCUGAGUCAGGGCGCCUGCUGACACUAAGGGAGGCCAUAAUUUGUGAUAUUGUAGAUCCUCUGACUGAAAUUUUGAUAGAUGACAAACAAAAGGUUUCCUUGGAACAAGCCAUCAAAUCCAGUAUUGUCGACGAAGAUCAGUGCACAAUCAACAAUGCCAAACUUGUGGAUGUGAUCAAUCAGAAUGUCUUCAUAAUGCCAAACUAUUCCAGUCAACUUCCUCCGGCGGGUAUGACUCUUCCGGUGAUCGUGAAAAGACAUCUGCUGGACGUCGAUCGCAAAGAAAUUAUUCACCCGAUUUCACAAGAUCGUAUGAAUUUUAACGAAGCCAUUAAAAACGAUUUUGUCAUGGCAGUUCCUUACACUCCACAUCCUGACGCUACAGAUAUCGAGGCAGCUCUCGAUAAAAAGUUGAUCAACACAGAUAAUGAAUCGUUCAAAAUCCCAACAACUUCGGAAGAAAUUCCUUUGCAAGAAGCUAUCGAAACCGGUCUCUUGGAGGUUAAACCGUUGCCGGAACUAGUUCAAGGAAUACAAGCCAACAAAGCGAUUACCUCAGUGACGGAGUCGAUCUCUUCCUACCACACGAUUACAACCAAAACGGUAGAAAUACAGUCCGGUUACUCUCUGAUUUCGGCAACUGAGGUUCAAGAUAUAACAACUGGUGAGAUCAUGUCCGUCGACGAAGCUCGCCAGAAAGGAAUCAUAAGUGAUGAAAAUCGUACGAAAGAGCAGGUACUGAACGAGGAAGUAAAUAUAAAUUUCACCAACGCACUGCAGAGGGGGUUACUGGAUGUAACGAAAGGUACGUUCAGACAUCCGGACAGUGGUGAUGUGAUGUCUAUUUCCGAUGCCGUUGAUCGCGGGUACAUUGCUAGUAAGGCCGUUAGUGACGAUUUACUGCAUCGGUCGCCAGAAAUGGUUCACAAAGUGAUCACUGAGGUUGACGUAAUACCAGAGCAGACGACUGGAAACAUAAAACAUGAGAUUGUGCAUAACAUUAUUAGAGAAAGUGACGUCCCCCCAAGCAGUGGAAGAAUGACGGAGGUGACAUUACAAAAUGAUGCAAAAACCUCGAGUGAAAAUAAACUGGGCGAGAACAUCAAAAAUACUGCCAAACUUGGUCUAAUGGCUGUGGUUGGAGCCCCAGUUCUGGGUGGAAUGGCAAUAGCUGGUGCUCUUAAAAAAGUGUUUGAAAAGAAGGAAAGUGAAAAAACGGAGUCGGUAGUCGUGCAUUCUUCUCAUAGUUCAAUAGUAGAGACAACGUGUGAUAAUGUUAACUCAACGACACUGGAGGUAGUAACAAACAUCAUUGAUAAGCCGAUGCCCAUUGCUGCAUCGUUGACUACGACUAAGGAAACAAACGAAGAACUAGUUCAUGGUAAUCUUAGUACAUCUAUAGAAUCCUCUAAAAUUGAAAUUCAGAAUGUGGUUGCUGAGGAUGUUCAAAUUGCAGAUUCGAACGAAAAUGCUGACAAAAAGCACGAGAUUGAAUUGGGAAAAUAUGGUGAAACCCUUCCUGAUUAUAGUGUAAAACUUGAUGAAAAAGGUAAUAUAGAAAAGCCAAUAAGUGAAUUUAUAUCCGACGUAAUAAACGAUCCUAAAAAAGAAAUGACAGAGGAAAUAAACGUUCAACAAGGCACUGAUGAGGUAAUUCAGAUUACUUGCGACGUAAAAAAUGAACCUAACAAAGUAGGUAGUCAAUUUUCCGAUGAACAGCGUUGUGUUUCAGAAAUAGAAGAUCACUUGAUUUCGGAUCACAGUUCCAAACAUGGCGAAAAAACUCAGACAGAAACAUCCAUAAGUCAAGUUAUACCUGAUGAAAAAAAAGUUUCUGAAAAAGAUAUGACAAAGAAAAUAAUGCUUGAUAAAGGCCCUGAUGAAAGGCGUCAAUUGCUUCAUGAACAAUGCGUUGUUUCGAAUACAGAAGUUCCGUCUACUGUUGAUGAUGUUUUGUCCGUAAAGGAACAAACAUCUGUUGUGAACACUGCUGAAACAAUAAAAACAAUCGAAAAGAAAACAAGCAUAUUUGCCGAAGAGCACAUCUCUCCAAAAACUGAAAACAAUAGAAAGGAAAUGGAGCGGAUAGCAACGAACCAUAAUGCAGGAAGUGCAGUUAUUUUGGAAUCUAUUCCGGCGAUUGUGGAUACUACAAAACACACUGAAGAACACGACUCGCGAUUAUUGCAUACAGUAGCAACGGAAAACGAUGAGAUUAUGUCUGAAUUCUCAGUGCCAAAACCUGAAAAUCAAGUAACAGAACAGAAUACACAAGAACUACCUCCAACUGAAAUUGAUUCGGAGAAAUCUAGAACACUGGAUAUUAUUGACGAGACAAGUCACCCUGAUAAUAUCUAUUCUCAUAAAGAUCCGGAACUGGUUCAGCAGGUGAAGCCCGUCGACGAAACGAAUGUUUCAUUUGAUCAUGCUGCUACGGAAUCUACCGAUGUUAGUGAAAAUGCUGCUAAACAAGAUACGUUGGCCGUGAAUCGUCCACAUGAUCUUCCGAUUUUAAUAAACCAAACGGAACAUUCAACUACUACUACUCCAGCGAACAAUAAAGCUCCUGAUGAACAUGAAAAACUGAUACCCCUUCAAUAUCCGCACAAAACGUCAGCAGAUAAGGAUUCCGCGAUAAAUGAAACAGGUAAGAAAGUACUCGAUGCAGCAAAACUUGGUCUUAUGGCCAUAGUCGGAGCUCCGAUACUCGCUGGUAAAGCAGUAGUCGAUGCUUUGAAGAACGAUACUUCUAAACAAGCGGAAACCAAUGAAUCGAAACCGAACGUAAUUGAUGCUACAGUAGCUUUCCUAGAACAGGAACGAUCUCCGGGCGAUGCUCGCCGUGAGUUUGAAGAACUACAACAAGCUAUAGGAGGAAUAAUAGAGGCAGAAGAUACCGACGGCAAGUUGAAAACUCCCGAAAAACAUGUCACUUUUGAGAUUGUUGAGCAAACACUUGAAAGACAGAGAUUGGAUAGAAACUACGAGCGAAUGCCUCUUGGUGAAGCAGUAUCUCAAGGUAAAAUUAUUCCAAAGGUAUGUCGUGUUAUGGUUGACGAAAAGGAAAUGCCUUAUACGGUAGAAGAAGGACUAAACGAUCAAAACAUACGAAUUUACGACAUCGUAGACGUUAUUUCGAAAGAGCUGAUUUCUUUCGUUGAUGGAGAACCGGACGGUCUCGUCAUUGACGAGACCUUAACGAAACAAAAAUUGAUUGAUUUGGGAGUACUUGACCCUGAAACUGGAAGUUUCAUCUCGCCCAACAACGGUGAUUUCAUCUCAUUCUAUGACCUCAUUUGCAGUUCAGGUCUGGUUGAUCCGAAUACAGUGUACGUGAAAGAUUUGGGUAAAAAUAAGUACGAACAGCUGGACAUUGCUCUCCAGAAACACUUGAUUGACAAACAUACAGGGCAUAUGCUAGAUAAUAAAACCGGUAAGAAGGUAAAAUUCAUUGAAUGUUGCAAACGUGCCUGGAUUAUUCAGCGUGAGCCAUCCAGUGAGAAUCUCGAUCAAUCUCCAACGUUGACUGAAGUGUUGGACGCUGGCCAGUUCAACCCUCAGACAGGGGAAUUGGUUCAGGACAAUCAAAGUGUUCCGAUCGCCGAGGCUCUACGAGCUGGAUUCAUUGCCAACGAUUCCGUUUCAGUGCGAGAUCCAACUGAUGGUGAGAUACUUCCACUACGUGUAGCGAUUGAACGAGGAAUCAUUGAUUUGAAGUUGGGAGUGAUCUUCAACAGAGAAACGCAGGAGGAGAUCGACUUGAAUGAAGCAUACAGUCGAGGAUAUAUGCUAGAAGGUAAACGAACGCCGAUAUCUUUGGAAGCGGCUGUUCGCAAAGGGCUGUACAAUCCAGAAUCUGGAUUGAUUUUAGACACGAUCACCGAAGAAAUGGUCGAUGUGCAACAGUCGGUCGAUAAGGGUAUCGUUGAUCCGAAGAUCUCCAACGUUAAAGACUCUAGAUGCAAUGUGUUAGUACCACUACAAGCCGCUCUCGAUACCAAACUCCUUGAUACAGAAUCUGGAAAAUUAAAGGACACUGUUACGGAUGAAAUGGUUUCGUUGGAUGUGGCACUUGAAAAGCAGCUGAUGGACACUAAAAAGAUUACCCACAGUCUGAUAGAUGUACUGAAUAAAGAGUUCUACAAUCCUAAAUCUGGUAGAAUUCUUAAUCCAGGAAACGGCGAGGAAAAUAUUUUGAAGCAUGCGAUUGAUGCGCAGCUGGUUGAAAUCGAAAGUGUAUUAAUUAGAGAUGAGCAAAAAGAUACGGUUAUAAAAUGUGGAGAAGCUAUCCAGUCAGGUUUGUUGGAUGACAUACGAGGAGUUUUGACAAAACCGGAAUUGACACUCGAUCGUGCCUAUCAGAAAGGAUACAUUCUAAGCAACAAGAAACCUAUAUCAUUACCGGACGCUUUACUCAGAGGUUUCUAUGAUCCAGCCAGUGGAAUGUUUAGAAUUGAUGGAGCUUCAGGCAUUACACUGCAGAAAGCGAUCGAUAAUGGAGAAAUUUCUACUUCUGAUUUGAUCGUACGCGAUCCCAAAUGUCGAGGCGUCGUUAGUCUUGCGGAUGCUAUCCGAUCAGGCCUAGUAGAAUCCGUUUCGGGAAUUGUUAUUGACUCCGGUUCUGGACUUAGUAUGGGUAUGUUGGAUGCUCUCGAUCGUGGUAUCAUUGUGAUGGCAAAACGAAGAUGCAGUCUGCCAGAUGCCGUUUUUCGAGGAUUGUAUGAUCCCAAAUCUGGUCAGUUUAGUAGUACGACAACUCCAGAAAAAAUGUCUACGGAGCGUGCAAUCCGACGGGGUAUGCUAGACCCAGAAUCUACGAUUGUGAAUGUGGCUGGUAAGAUUUUACCGUUUGAGCUUGCUAUUGAAAACGGAACUGUUGACAUUAGGCGGGGUACAAUCAAGGAUGAAGUAGGCAAUAAAAUUGAUUUUCGAGAAGCAUUUGAUCGCGGGUUGCUCGUUGAAGUUAGGAAACCGAUCAGUUUGAAUGAAGCUGUUUUGAAGGGUAUCUAUCGGGAAAGCAGUGGCUUAUUCAUGGAUCCUAAGACUGGGCGUAAAAUGACACUUUCGCAAGCGAUUGCUGAGAAGGUCAUUGAUCCGCGUUCUGUCCAGAUCAAAGAUUCUGCAACUGGAUUUUACAAAGAUCUUAAUCUAAUAGACGCGAUCGAGACUGAUCUGAUCAACGGAGAAAACUCCAACGUUCAACAUGGCAAUGAUAAAAUCACUUUGAAACAUGCCUUCGAUAUAGGAUUGCUGUAUGAUGUCAAUGGCCCCAUUAGUUUGCAACGAGCCAUCCAUCAGGGUAUCUACCACGAUCAGAGUGGCAAGAUCGAAGAUUCGAUAUCCGGGCGUAAAAUUACUUUGCAUGAAGCUAUGAGGAAGUUCAUUAUCAAUCCACAACUUCCUUGUUACUUCAACGAAAAGGAUGAGGUUAUGCUUAAUUUAUUUGAAACAUGCCGUGCCAAAUUGAUUGAUCGUCGGGAAGGGGUGUUCAAGGAGCCAGGAAGUGAAGUGUUCAUCCCACUGAACGAAGCUUUGGCUUUGGGGCUCAUCGUAGAUAUUGAAAGUGCCGGUUUCGGACUUUACGAAACUCUGGCAAUGGGUUUCUAUGAUACAAAGAGUGGAAAAAUAAUUCAUCCUAGCACAAGCCGAAAUAUUACACUUGAACAAGCCUGCCGUGAAGAUAUAGUGAGCCUGUCAUCUUCGAUAGUGAAGAAUACUAUCACCGGAAAGUACAUUCGACUGGACGAGGCAAUCAGGGCUAAAAUUAUUGACGACCGCGAAGGUGUUUAUACUCUUCCUAAGGGGAACAAAAUCGAUUUACAAGAAGCUAGACGAAAGGGAUUGAUAGUAACUAAUCAGAAGUUGUUAUCAUUGGAGAAGGCCAUUAAGCUACAAUUGUAUCGUCAAGAUGCUGGUACCUUUGUGGAGCCUAUUUCCGGUGAACAAGUGAAUCUGCAGGAAGCACUAGAUAGUGGAUUGUUGGACUUUGAAACCACAGUUUACAAAGAUGCGGUUACGGGACAGGACAAACCACUGCGAACAGCGAUCGCAGAUCGGGAUAUAGAUGUAGAGAAGGGUAAGGUCGUUGAUCGAAAAUCAGAUAGAACUUAUAACUUUGACACAGCACUGAAUAAGGGAUUGUUAGUGACUGUUCAGAAACCAAUCACUGGGAGAAUUCUCGAGCGAAAGGAGAGCAUAGAUAAUUUAUUGCAAGAGUCACCGAUUGGUAAGAGUCCGCGAGAAAUGAGCUUGAAAGAUGCACUGAGGUAUGAUAUAUUGUCUGUUGAUAAAUCGGUAAUCAAACAUCCAAAGAGUCGAGUGUUUAUCCCACUAAAACUAGCGUUACAAGAAAAGUUGAUUUUAGAUGAAAGUCGUGCUACAAUUGAUCCGAAGCAGUCAUUCUUUGUGUUCGACGGUGAUCUAAUCGUGUACGCAAGAGAACCAUUGACGUUCGAUAAAGCGGUUGAAUCUAGUCUUCUCGAUCUAUUGACUGGUAAAUUUUUGUACAAAUCUGCAACGAUUGUUGGUGGUGGUACAACCGACGGUGAUGUUGUUGAGCUGUUGAGCCUGAAAGACGCCAUCGGUCAAGGUUUCAUCGAUCCAGAGUCAGUUCUAUUGAAAGAUGGAGCAAAAAAGAAGUUCCUUCCUUUACCAGAAGCGUUCCGUAAAGGUCUGAUUGAUGCUGACAAAUCUAAUGUACUAGAUACCAACACGUCCAAGCUGACAUCUUUGCAGCAGGCAGUAGACACUGGUCUCUUGAUUACUCCGAAGCGUGCUAUUUGUCUAAUGGAAGCUCUUAACUACCACAUGUACAAUGGUGAGAGUGGUACUUUCGAGGACCCGUUCCAACCUAACCAACACAAAACCCUUAACGAAACCAUUCAAUCCGGUUUAAUUGAUCCAACAACAACAAUGGUGCGUGACAUUGGUAACAAUAGUGUAAUAGUGCCGUUGCUAACUGCCAUCGGCAACGGUCUGAUCAAUCCGAUCGACGGACAUUUUAAUAUCGAAAGUGAACAGACUAAAAUUGAUCUCGUGAAAGCGCGUGACCGAGGAUAUCUCAUGUUAGCAGAGCAACGGCAAGCGGUAGUCGAAAAGUUUGCUCUGUGCGAAGAUCAUCUCUCCAAGUUAUUGGAGUGGAUAACCAAAGUCGAGCAGGACAUCGCUUCCGUCGGUGGACCUAAGGAGCGCGUGGAUGAUCUCAGAAAUCAGAUCAACUCGCUUAAGCAAAUCAAGGAUGACAUCGACGUUCAGUCUCGUCCUGUUGCUUCGUGUCUGGAGCAAGUACGCCAACUAGUGCUCACUGGUGGCGAGGUGCUUAGUGCCCCGGAGGUUGCCGCACUAGAAAGUUCUGGUCGCGAGCUGCGUUCCCGCGUAGACAAAGCGCAGGACCGUACUGGUAAGCUGCUGCGUCGAUUGGGAGGCGCCCGUGACGAGCUAGGAAAACUUCGAUCCGAGCUUGAUACCUUCUCAACCUGGCUGCAGACAUCCCGUCGGACGCUUGAAGACAAGGAGAACACUUUGUCCGAUUUGACUCGACUUUCGUCACAAUCCGAGUCGGUAAAGGAAUUCCACGGGGAUGUCAUCGCUCAUCAGGCCGAUCUUCGUUUCAUCACCAUGUCUGCGCAAAAGUUUGUCGACGAAUGCAAAGAUUACUUGACCGUGUUGAACGAUUUCCGCACAACGUUACCGGAGCGUCUACCACACAUUGAACAGAUAUCCAGUUCGGAUAGUCCAAUCAGACAAGAGGUUUCACUAGUUACCGCUCAAUACCGCGAUCUGUUGAACCGUGCCAAUACUUUACUGGACCGUCUUGCAGGAUUGGGAGGUCGCCAACGUGACUAUCAAGAAACUUUGGAAAAAGCCCGCUCGUGGUUGCGUGACGUGCAACCUCGUGUGUCAACGGUGUUGUCCGAUCCAAUCGCUGCCGAUCCACAAUCCGUACAAGAUCAAAUGAAUCAAACCAAAUCCCUGCAAAACGAAUUUCUAUCCCAGGGAAGACUUAUUGAUAAUGUUCAACAUAGUCUGGAUGCGUUACUGAAAUCACUGGCAGGACGACUCAGUCCGUCUGAAGUAUCUGCCCUUGAAAUUCCAGUGGAAGAUGUGAAAGACAAGUACAAUCAACUGCUGGAAGCGUUAGGAGAUCGCUCGAAACUUUUGGAUACAGCUCUGGUACAAUCUCAAGGGGUCCAGGAUGCUCUCGACGGUUUAUCGGGAUGGAUUAAUCAAUCUGAGGAUAAGUUUAAACUACAAAAUCGACCAGCAUCUCUGAUCAAGGAACGUUUGAACGAACAGGUUCGAGAGCACCGUGGACUUUUAAACGACCUGGAGUCUCAUCGCACCAGCUUGGAAAGUGUUACCUUAUCUGCACGGGAACUGAUGACCACUGCCUCGAACGCGCGACUGGCUAAGCGAAUCGAAACAAACUUGAGUGAUGUCACGGGAAGGUUUGAGAAGCUACUGGAUAAAGCAUUGAAACGUGGAGAAUUCUUGGAAGAUACGUUGGCACAAUUAAACAAGUUUAAUGAGGAUGCAUCCAUCCUAGAACAAGAAUUGUCGAAUCUUCAAGAAGCAUUGGAAGGUAGGGAACUGACAACGCUACCUGCAGAAACUCUCACUCAGCGUAUGAUUGACCUCACUAAAAACAAGGAGCAUCUACGUCCGCUGUAUGAGAAUUGUGUUAAACUAGGAAAGGAUCUUAUUUCUAAGCGUGACGUGACUGAUACUGGCGUAGUUAGAGAUCGCGUAAAAGCUCUCGAAAACGCCUGGAAAAACUUGGAAGUAUCUUUGGAGGAGAAGCUUAAACUUUCCAAACAGAAAGCAGAACAAUUGAACGCUUACGAAGAUGUGAAGGAUCAUGUACUUGUCUGGCUAUCUAGCAUUGAAACCAGAACAAAUAAUCUGGCUCCUGUUGCCGUUGAUGUUGAAACGAUAAAGUAUCAGCUCGAAGAAGUUAAACCUCUGAUCAAGGAACAUCGUGACUACGCCGUAACUAUCGACAAGGUAAACGAUUUAGGUGCUCAAUACGAUGCAUUAAUUCGUCCCGACAGCCCCACGCGGAAGCGUUCGGCAUACAGUCCCAUUAAACGAUCAACCGUUAGUCCAAUGCGUAGGCUUUCAGGAGAAGCACGAUCACCUAGUCCAACUAAGGGAUUGGCGGUAGGGCAAAGUCCAACCGUGUCCCCGCUGUCUCCCGGUGGAUCGAGCGGAUUUGGUAGUCGGCGAUCAUCGCAAGAUGGUUUCCAGCUAACCGAUCUGACACCGAUCCAGCAGCAACUGACAGAGAUCAACAAUCGGUACAGUUUGGUCGGAGCGCGCCUUAAUGACCGUCAGAAUGAACUGGACUCGGUACGUGAUGAGGUGCGUAAGCACCAGGAAAGUUUGAAAACAUUAGCCAGCUUCUUAGACAAAAUUCAACGACAGGUGCCCAAGGAUGUCAUCAGUAAUAAGGAUGAGGCCGAACGUUGCAACAAGCAGGCCCGAAAGGUUCUAGAAGAAAUGUAUGAAAAGCAGAGUUUAUUGGACUCUACCAAAGCACAAGUAAAAGAUAUACUGAAGCGCAAACCAGAUGUACAGGGAUCUGAUCGACUCCGUUCUGAAUUGGAUUCCGUUGUCGAUCGUUGGAAGAAUCUGCAUGACCUGUGCAAAGAUCGCAUUAACUUUUCCGAACAAUUACGUGAUUUUCUUGAUACUCAUGACAAUCUGAACGGUUGGCUUGCAGCAAAAGAACGUAUGCUGACAGUACUUGGACCGAUUUCUUCUGAUCCACGAAUGGUACAAAGUCAAGUCCAGCAGGUUCAAGUGCUUCGUGAGGAAUUCAGAGGACAACAGCCUCAGUUGAAUCAUUUGCAAGAAGUUGGCAAUGUUGUACUAGAGUACUUACGGGAUUCUUCAGUCGAAUCUCAAUCGGUAUCGACUAAACUGAAGAAUGUUCAGCGUAAAUGGGACGAUCUAGUAAGUCGAUUGGAUGAACGCGCACAAAGUUUGGGAGCAGCUGCUGAUACUUCGAAAGAAUUCGAUGCAGGACUUAAUCGUCUACGCGAAGCUCUUCAAAAUAUUAGCGACAACCUUGACGCUCUUCCAACUGAUCGAGAUCAUCAGGAAACUUUGCGCAAAAUCGAAAACUUGGAACGACAACUUGAAGGACAGCGGCCUUUGUUGGCCGACUCGGAAGCCGCUGGUGAAGCACUGUGUCGGGUUCUCAGCGACCCGGCAUCGCGAGCCGAUGUCAACGCACGUGUUGUCGCCGUUGGCAAGCAGUAUCAAAAUCUACAGAAGAAACUUGAUCAUAGAAAGGCCGAAACUGAUUCUGCUCUGCGAGAUGGACGCCAAUUUGCUGAAACUUGUGCGCGUACUUUGGGCUGGUUGUCUGGAGAGCUAGGUAAUUUGACAGAUCGCUUGCUAGUUUCUGCCCAUCGCCCAACACUGCAACACCAAAUUGAUACUCAUGAACCGGUAUACCGAGAAGUGAUGAGCCGCGAACAUGAAGUGAUCAUGUUGUUGAAUAAGGGCCGUGAGCUUCAAGAGAAACCUGGGCAAAGUCCCGAUCGCACCGUGCAGCGUGAUUUGGAGAAGAUUUCACAGCAAUGGGAACGCUUGAGAAACGCCGCCGUGGACCGCCAUUCGCGUCUUCAAACCUGUAUGGAACACUGCAAGAAACAUGGUGCUGCUUCAGAGUCAUUCUUGACCUGGUUACGGGGAGCGGAAGAUAAGCUGUCUUCUUUCAAACCCGGUAUUCUGAAAAAAUCACAGCUUGAUCAGCAGCUUAAAGAACUACAAACCUUCAGAUCAGAUGUGUGGAAGAAAUCUGGCGAGUAUGAAAGUACUCGCGGAUUGGGUGAAUCGUUCAUAGGGGCUUGUGAUAUUGACAAGGAACCUAUCAAGGCAGAACUUCAAGACACGAAAGAUCGCUGGGAACGUCUGAAUAAUGAGUUGUUGGUGCGUGCUCAAACAUUGGAAUCUUGUGCCAAACGAUUGGGAGAUUUCAACGACGAGUUACGUGAUCUCGAUCAUGCCGUUAGCCGUUGCGAAGAUCGCCUUGCCGCUCACGACGCUCUAGGCGGUGCCGCGAAAGAUCCCAAGCUAUUGGAUCGGGUAAAGACAAUUAAAGAUGAUGCCACUGCAUUGAAAAAACCACUUCAAGCCGUGCGUAAGUCGGCUGGGGACAUCGCAGUCGAGGCUCGUGCGGCCGGCGGAGAUGCCGAUCAUUUGAAAACCGAAGUCGAUGGUAUUGCGGAUCGCAUCGAAGAUCUACAUGCUCGGUUGGAUGAUCGUUGUGGAGAAUUGCAAUCGGCUGCUACUGCUGUUUCACAGUUCAAUGAUGCCGUCAAAUCACUUGGUAUUGAUUUGAAUGAUCUGGAAAAUCAAAUCGAUUCUUUGACUCCACCAGCACGCGAGAUCAAAACGGUUAUCAACCAGUUGGAUGAAGUUGCUUCCAUUCUAAGUAAGAUUGAUCGUACUGCGAGUCAAGUUGUCGCUGUGGAGCGCGCUGGAGAACUGCUAGUGGACUCUGGUUUCGCUACAGAUACUGUUGCUACCCGAGAUCAAAUUGGAGCGGUAAGAAAACAGCUGAGCAAGCUAGAGAACCGCACACGGGAUCAUGACGAUGCCCUGCAGAAGGCUUUGAAGGCUUUACAGAAGUUCUAUGACAUUCACCAGAUUACACUGGAUAAUUUGAAUGAAGUGGCUGAUCAGGUGAAAAAGCUGAAACCGGUUAGUUCGGAGUUGGAACAGAUUCGACAUCAACAGGAAGAUUUCCGUCGUUUUAAACAGCGGUAUGUGGAACCGUUAGUAGUGAAUAUUGAUGAAGUUAAUCGAACUGGUCAGGAUCUAAUACGAUCAGCUCAGGGUGGUGUUCCGACGGGAGUCUUGGAAAAGGACCUUGAAAAAAUAAACGACAAAUGGAAUGAUUUGAAGGAAAGGACGAAUGAGCGUGAUCGUCGGCUGGAUGUGGGUUUGCUGCAGUCGGGAAAAUUCCAGGAAGCUUUGGAUGGUUUAUCUAAGUGGCUGAAGGAUACCGAAGAAAUGGUGGCAAAUCAAAAACCACCAAGCGCCGACUACAAGGUGGUAAAGGCCCAACUUCAAGAGCAGAAGUUCCUGACGAAGAUGCUGAUGGAUCGCCAGAAUUCAAUGUCUUCCUUAUUCCAGUUGGGUCAGGAAGUUGCUGCAGGUUGUGAACCAUCCGAAAAGGUAGCUAUAGAACGCCAACUAAAGGAACUGAUGGGUCGUUUUGAUGCGUUGACCGAUGCCGCGCAGACCCGUACUUUGGAUUUGGAACAGGCGAUGCACGUUGCUAAACAAUUCCAGGAUCAGCUUAACCCGCUUACGAAAUGGUUAGAUGGUGCUGAAAGAGCUGUCAAAGCAAUGGAACUGGUUCCAACAGACGAGGAGAAAAUUCAGCAACGCAUACUUGAACACGAGCGACUACAUGACGAGAUUCUUUCCAAGCAACCUGAGUUUAGUGAGUUGGCCGAUAUUGCGGGUCAGUUGAUGGAAUUGGUUGGUGACGAUGAAGGUGUGGUACUCAGUGAAAAGGUCAAGAACACUACUGAUCGAUAUACUGAUUUGGUGCAGGCUAGUGAAAAUAUUGGACAAAUUUUGAGUGAUUCGCGGCAGGGUCUUCGUCACCUGGUGCUGACAUAUCAGGAUCUGGUCUCAUGGAUGGAAAACAUGGAGAAUCGACUACAACGAUUCCGUAUUAUCCCGGUGCACACUGAGAAACUUUUGGAACAAAUGGAUGUUCUUGUUGAGUUGAAUGAAGAUAUUGCUAGUCGUUCACCGAAUGUGGAAUCCACUGUUGAAGCAGGGUCUGAGUUAAUGAAGCACAUUUCUUCGGAUGAAGCUCUUCAGUUGAAGGAUAAACUUGAUUCACUGCAACGUCGGUAUGGAGAACUAACGACCAAGGGUGGCGAUCUCUUAAAACGCGCACAAGAUGCCUUACCUCUGGUACAACAGUUUCAUCAGUCUCACAUUCGAUUGGUCGACUGGAUGCAGGCGGCAGAAUCUACCUUGGCUACUGGGGAUUCGAAUGAAAUUGAUAUCGUGCGCUUAGAAGGCGACUUGUCGGAAAUGCGACCAGUUCUGGAAGCUGUUAACUCUAUCGGUCCUCAAUUGUGUCAAAUUUCACCUGGAGAGGGAGCAUCUACUAUUGAAGGAAUCGUCACUCGUGACAACCGACGUUUCGAAGCAAUCGUGGAGCAAAUUCAAAGGAAAGCAGAACGGUUGCAUCUGAGUAAACAGCGUUCUAAUGAAGUGACAGCCGACAUCGACGAAUUGUUGGAAUGGUUCCGGGAUAUGGAUGCUACUUUGCGCGAUGCUGAACUUCCCGCGAUGACACCCAAAUUGGUGCGAGCUCAACUUCAAGAGCAUCGUUCGAUCAACGAUGAUAUUUCUAGUCAAAAGGGUCGAGUACGUGAUGUCACCUCAUCCGCUAAAAAGGUACUACGAGAGUCCCAGCCGAACAACAACACUAUUGCUCUGCGAGAGAAAUUAGAAGAUCUUAAAGAGGUAGUCGAUACUGUGGCUAGUUUAUGUUCUAAUCGAUUGGCUAUGCUCGAACAAGCGCUUCCUCUCUCGGAACACUUUGCCGACUCGCACAGCGGACUAGUUACCUGGCUAAAUGACAUGGAACAUCAGAUCUCCAUGCUUGCAAUGCCUGCUUUGCGCCUAGAUCAAAUUGCCAUCCAGCAGGAUAAGAACGAACGUUUGACCCAGUCAAUCGCUGAGCACAAACCUCUGUUAGAUAAACUGAACAAAACAGGUGAAGCGCUGAUUGCUUUAGUUGCCGACGAUGACGCCGUCAAAAUCAGUGAGAUUGUCGAAUCAGACAAUGCCCGAUAUGCUGCUCUACGAACUGAACUUCGCGAACGUCAAAAUGCUCUUGAACAAGCUUUGCAAGAAUCUAGUCAGUUCUCUGACAAGCUGGAAGGAAUGCUCCGUGCACUACAAAACACUGCCGAGCAAGCUAAUCAGGCUGACCCAAUUUCCGCUCAUCCACCGAAGAUUCGGGACCAGAUUGAAGAUAACGCUGCACUGAUUGAAGACAUUGACAAACGAGGCGAAGCAUUCGCCGCUGUCAAACGAGCAGCUACUGACGUAAUUUCGAAAGCCAGUAACCAAUCCGAUCCGGCCGUGCGAGACAUUAAAAAGAAACUAGACAAACUGAACAAUCUGUGGAAUGAACUGCAAAAAACGACAUCAAAACGUGGUGCGUCUUUGGAAAAUACUCUAGCGGUGGCUGACAAAUUCUGGAAAGAAAUGCAAGCUGUAAUGGAAACGCUAAAGGAGCUGCAAGAAGCCUUGCAAACUCAGGAGCCACCAGCUGCUCAACCACAGGCCAUCCAAAAACAGCAGGUUGCUCUACAAGAAAUCCGUCAAGAAAUUGAUCAGACCAAGCCAGAGGUUGAACAAGUUCGUCGCACCGGUAGUAAUUUGAUGUCACUAUGUGGUGAGCCGGACAAACCGGAAGUUAAGAAGCACAUCGAAGAUCUGGACCACGCUUGGGAUAACAUCACUGCACUGUACGCAAAACGAGAAGAAAAUCUGAUCGAUGCUAUGGAAAAGGCCAUGGAAUUUCACGAGACGCUGCAGAAUCUGUUGAACUUUUUGGCCAAGGCGGAGGAUCGCUUCCAAAAAUUGGGCCCUCUGGGGUCCGAUAUCGAAGCGGUCAAGAAGCAGAUAGAACAGUUGAAGCACUUCAAGGACGAUGUCGAUCCACAUAUGGUGGAAGUGGAAGCGUUGAACAGAGUAUUGAGCAGGCAAGCAAUCGAUUUGACGGAACGUACCUCAGUUGAACAAGCAAGUGCUAUCCGUGAGCCUCUGAAUGCCGUGAAUCGUCGAUGGGAGAAUCUGUUGCGCGGAAUGGUCGAACGUCAGAAGCAACUGGAACAUGCCUUGCUACACCUAGGUCAAUUUCAACACGCCCUCAACGAAUUACUGGUUUGGAUUAGUAAAACCGACGCCAACCUAGAUGAGCUGAAACCAAUUCCAGGUGACCCACAAUUGCUGGAAGUCGAACUAGCUAAGCUGAAAGUGCUAGCAAAUGAUAUUCAUGCCCAUCAGAGCUCGGUGGAUACGUUGAAUGAUGCCGGUAGGAAGUUGAUCGAAAACGAUCGUGGAUCAUUGGAAGCUUCAACUACACAGGACAAAUUGCAGCAGUUAAACAAACAGUGGAGAAGUUUGCUACAGAAAGCUGCCGAUAGGCAGCAUGAACUGGAAGAAGCACUGCGGGAAGCCCAAGGUUUUACCGCCGAAAUUCAAGAUCUGCUCGGGUGGUUGGGUGAUGUGGAUGCUGUGAUCGGGGCAAGUAAGCCAGUCGGAGGACUACCAGAGACAGCUUCAGAACAGCUGGAACGGUUUAUGGAAGUUUAUAACGAGCUAGAGGAGAACAGACCAAAGGUUGAAACAUUAAUCGCACAAGGGCAAGAGUAUGUGAGGAAGCAAACUCAGCUUCAGGUGUCUGCAAGCAAUUUGCAGCACACGUUAAGAACCUUGAAGCAACGAUGGGAUGCUGUAGUAUCCAGAGCUUCUGACAAGAAGAUUAAGCUGGAAAUUGCUCUAAAAGAAGCUACAGAAUUCCACGAUGCUCUUCAAGCAUUUGUGGAGUGGUUGACUCAAGCGGAGAAGCAGUUGUCAUCAGCAUCGGCAGUUUCGCGAGUUUUGGAAACCAUUCAGCAGCAGAUGGAAGAGCACAAAAUACUGCAAAAAGAUGUAUCUAUUCAUCGUGAAUCGAUGUUAUUGUUGGAUAAGAAGGGUACUCAUCUGAAGUACUUCAGUCAGAAACAGGAUGUUAUUCUAAUCAAGAAUCUACUAGUUUCGGUGCAGCAUCGAUGGGAGCGCGUUGUAGCAAAGGCAGCAGAAAGAACUCGUGCUUUGGAUCAUGGCUACAAAGAGGCGCGUGAGUUCCACGAUGCUUGGGUUCAGUUGAUCACAUGGUUAAAGGAAACCGAAACCACGCUGGAUACGUUGUCUGAAGAAACCAGCAACGAUGCCAUUAAGAUCAAGAAGCACCUUGAAAAACUGCGGGAGAUUCAGCGGAACUUACAAUCGAAGGAGAGUUUCUACGAUAGUACAAUGCGUAAUGGCAAGGGCUUGAUGGAUCGGGCUCCGAAAACUGACGAACCGGUACUUUCGAAGAUGAUGAACGAGCUGAAAGAUUCGUGGAAACGUGUGUGUCAUAAGAGUGUUGAGCGUCAGCGCAAAUUUGAGGAGGCUUUGUUGCUCUCUGGACAAUUCGCCGACGCUCUGCAAGCUCUUCUCGAAUGGUUGCGAAAGGCUAAGACGCGUCUUUCUGAGGAUGGUCCAGUUCAUGGUGAUCUCGACACGGUUACCACUCUUGUUGAUCAUCAUAAGCAAAUGGAGUCUGAUCUGGACAAACGAUCAGCACAAAUGCAAAGCGUCAUGAAAACUGGCAAAGAUUUAGAAAAAUCGGAUGAAACGAGGGAAACCACCAAGCAUUUGAAGGAACUGCAAAAACUGUGGGAAGACGUCCAGGAACUAAGUUCGCGUCGAAAAUCGCGCUUGGAGGUGGCAUUGAAGGAAGCAGAACGUUUGCACAAAUCUGUUCACAUGCUGCUCGAAUGGCUGUCGGAAGCCGAGCAGAAGUUACGCUUCGUCGCCGCUGCUCCAGACGAUGAAACUCAGGCCAACGAUCUGCUGGAUGAGCAUGCAAGAUUCAUGAAGGAACUGCGUGAAAAAGAAUACGACAAAGAAGAAACGCUCGGACUUGCCAACGCCAUCCUAGGCAAGGCUCACCCAGAUGCAGUGCCAAUCAUCAAAAACUGGAUUUCGAUAAUUCAGUCUCGAUGGGACGAAAUUUCCCAAUGGGCUUUGAACCGCCAGAGUAAGCUGGAAGCGCAACUCAAAUCGCUCAAAGAUUUGGAUGAUUCGAUUGAGGAACUCUUAGCUUGGUUGGCCGGACUGGAAGCGACGUUACUGAACCUCGAACAGGAGCCACUGCCGGAUGAAAUUCCACCUCUGGAAGCUCUGAUUGCUGACCACAAAGAGUUCAUGGAGAACACCGCUCGUCGGCAAAGCGAAGUGGAUCGUGCUUGUAAACCGCGUCAACCUCCGCCAGGAUUGAAGGAAACGCGGAAACCAUCACGCGGUGUGCUCAAGACCCCAGUUAGAGGCUCACAACCAGAUUUGCGCGAGCAUUCACCCGACUACGGCACACUAGGAAGAAAGCAAAGUUUCAAAGGAUCGCGAGAUCAAGGGCUUAAUUCACGUCGUACAAGUCGCGUGAGUCCUGGACGUGAGACCCAGACGCCGGAAAGGGAUCGCCUGCCGCACUAUGGUCCUAGAUUUUCACAAAGCAACCAACCGGAGGCGGAACUUCGGUCUCCCCGUGCAAAGCUACUGUGGGACAAGUGGCGCUACGUGUGGAUGCUGGCGUGGGAACGCCAGCGGCGUCUGCACGAUCACUUGCUCUAUCUGCAGGAUCUUGAGCGGGUACGACAGUUCAGCUGGGAGGAAUGGCGUAAACGGUUCCUCAAGUUUAUGAACCACAAAAAAUCUCGCCUGACGGAUCUGUUCCGCAAGAUGGACAAGGACAACAACGGAUUGAUUCCGCGGGAAGUCUUCAUUGAUGGAAUUAUCGGAACGAAGUUCGACACCUCGAAGCUGGAGAUGAACGCCGUCGCCGAUCUUUUCGAUCGCAACGGCGAAGGGCUGAUCGAUUGGCAGGAGUUUAUUGCGGCGCUGCGGCCCGAUUGGCAGGAUCGUAAGCCAGCAAACGAUGCGGACAAGAUUCACGACGAAGUCAAACGACUGGUAAUGCUGUGUACGUGUCGACAAAAGUUCCGAGUAUUCCAGGUUGGCGAAGGCAAAUAUCGGUUUGGAGACUCCCAGAAAUUGCGCCUUGUGCGUAUUCUUAGAAGUACUGUGAUGGUUCGCGUCGGAGGAGGAUGGGUUGCACUUGACGAAUUCUUGGUCAAGAACGAUCCCUGCAGAGUUGCGCUAGUGCUACCGCUUCCCAAUCCAAAUGAUCCGCGCCAGCACGAAGCAUGCUGCCCCCUGUCAAAGGGACGUACCAACAUUGAACUGCGAGAGCAAUUCAUACUGGCCGAUGGUGUUUCGCAAUCGAUGGCUGCGUUUAAACCACGCAUGUCCGGCUCAGCCGGCUCGGGAUCGACUCAUGCGGGCUCGCCCAUCCCGACCCAAGGCCCGAUUGUGAAGGUACGAGAACGAUCGUCGAAAUCAAUUUCGAUGUCACGACCGUCUCGGUCGUCACUGUCGGCAUCGACACCAGAUUCACUCAGUGAUAACGAAAGUAGCAUAGGAACUCCCGGACGUUUCCAGACGCCCAACAGAAAAACUUCAGUGCCAAUAAGAUCUCAAAUGACCCCCGGUGGCUCGAGAACUAACUCUAGGCCUAGCUCAAGACCAGCCAGUCGUGCCGGUUCAAAACCGCCGUCCCGUCACGGAUCGACACUGUCGUUGGACAGCACAGACGAUACCACCCCAUCGAGGAUUCCAACUCGGCGGAUCACUAGUACAACGACUCCGAGACCAUCGCGUCUGUCGGUAGGUUCAACCAGUGGGGCAACCAGAACCACAACAACCACCAAUGGCGUCUCUUCGCGGACGGCGUCAGGAGCAGCAUCGCCAGCACCAACAAGAAACGGUGGCAUGAGUCGAUCAUCAAGCAUACCAACACUAAUAGGACUACCAAAUAGCAGUCAACGUUCUCGGAUACCAGUGAGGCAGGCAUCCAACGUUUCAAACUCAUCUUCAGCAACGGGGAAAACAAGUGGAACAUCAACACCGUCCGGGAUGCAGACCCCCAGACGGACUUCGGUGGAACCGCAGACACCGGGUAGUGCGCGACCAGAUCGAAGCUCCCGGGGGACAACGCCCAUUGAGAAACGAGCCCCGUUUAGACUGUAGGAUGGGUUUUGUAAGCCUCCCAGGAGGACACGCGGAACCCGCUUUCCGAAUUCACCAUUCUCAUGAUGACGAGCGAGCGAAAAGAGAAGAUGCGAACAGAAGCGUGCUAACCACUAACAAAACUUCACAAUAGCUAGCUGUAGCGAAAAUGCCGUGAUUGUAUUUGAUCACGACCGGAAGACAAAAGCUUUUCUAGCAGCGAAAUUCGUCAUCUGUACUAAUCAGUUCAAAGUCUUUUUUGUUUGUUUUCUCUAUUAUGUUAGGAAUCGCUUUUCUUCGUCUAGAAGAAUUAAAACUGCAAUACUAAUCAAGAAUGAUGAUUAGAUGAUUGUGGCGAUGGUUUAAGAAUGUAGGAAAAGUUUGUUAUUUUUUUACUAAAACCAGUGAAAUAGUCCCCUAUAUGAAAGGAACUUACUGUCAGUCAAAAGAACGGAAGGAAACGCUAAAAUGUACAUAUUUUAGGAUAGGAACAGAAUAAAUGCUGUAAAAAAUCGUUUCAAGGAAUGUGAAGGAUAUUUCAAAAACAGUUUGUAGUAAUUGGAUUUUUGAGGACGCGUUCAUUUUACAAGUAAACAAUUAUUAGAUUUUCUUUGCCUGUAAGAUAGGGGACUGAAAUUUGGAAAAAUGCCCAAACUUGAAACGAAACGUUGAUUGAAGGAAACCGCCAGUUUAUUUAGUUAUUGUUUCGUUUUUAAGUUGGGAAGAAAACUUGCGUUGGAGUGUGAAUAUUACCACGUGUUCAACCGAAUGAAUGUUGGAGCGAUUGCGAAGAAUGUUUUUGUUUAUAUUUUUAAUUUCUAUUAGGUUUUACGCGAACCGACAUAACCCAACAAAAUGAGCCGGAUGAACUACGUUUGACAAUUCUCGGUGGUUUAUUUACAUGGAAGUUACGUGAGUUCGAAUGUAACAGAUGAGCACCCGUUGCACUCGCACUCAUGCAACAGACAAGGUAAACAAACCACCGAGAAUUGUCAAACAUGAACUUCAUUCAUCAUGAGUUCAUUCGUGUCGUCAUCUUGUAGAACUCAAUUUAUUAUUUACACAAUAAGAAUUUUGUUUACUUUGUCAUUAAAAACGAUUCCAUUUGUUUCUUGGGGGAAGGAUCGCCAGCCUUCUCCGGGAACCAAAUGGGUUUCAGGCAGUUGAUAUUUUUUGUUUAUAUUAUUUUUGUUAACUGUGAGAUGCUCUUUCGAAAAUAGGCAUACCGAUUGGUCAGGGUGAAAUCGCCAGUUUUCCUUGCCCAGGUCGUCUUUUUUACGUGAUAGCAUCUCGCCUGACAAACGAAAAAUCGUUUAAUUUUGUGUUCGCCAGAACUACAGCCUUGGGUUCGAGCUUUCAAAUACUGUAAGCAAAUUAAAUUGCCGAAUUAACACGAUUUAAGCAGUUAUUAAUUCAUUAACUACAACAAAAGUCAUUUAGCUUUGUAAGACAAGAUUAUUAUUAGGGAUAUAUUGCAAAUAUUAAUUUAACUAAUAAGAGCAAUUGCUAAGCUGUUUUCGUAAUUGAAGUUUAAAAUAGAUUUUUUUUACAAAAAGGACGAGAGGGAGUAGAAUCACCUAAAAAAGAAUAAUUCCUAGAAUAAAAUAAAAAAUAGGACAGAUAACUCCUACUAGCUUACAAAUUAACUUCACCAAGUUCUCAACAAUGGCAGUUGAAUUUUACUACAUGUGAUUCAAAAUUUAACAACGGAAAAAAAUCUCGUAAAAGUAAUAAACGAAAAUGAAUAAUCCAACAAA